AUGAUGAAAGAGGGGUUCAAGGAUUACCGUAGUAAGUUACACCGGCAGUAUAAGUGGUGCAUGAGCCAUGAGGAGGUCGUACAGUCCGCACCGCUGCACGUGACCAAUGAGGACUGGCGGAUACUCUGCGACAGGUUUUCGUCUGAUUCUUUUCAGAAGAGGAGCAAAAUAAAUUCUGACAACAGAGGAAAGUUAGAAGUGAACCACGUAGCUGGUUCAAAGUCAUUUGUACGACUUCGUCACAACAUGCGAGAUUCCGUUACUAGCCAGGAGCCCAGACCAGUAGACUUUUACAAAGGGUCUCAUUGUCGGCAAGCGACAGCAUCUUGGAGGAGAUGGACACCUUACGUAGUCAGUGUCACACCCCAGACUCGUUACCGGACUCACAAGUAG